AUUAGGUGCUUUAUAAAAUACGUCUUCCAAACUGCUGCACAUAUCAUCGCAUCGGGGGUGCGGGAAGUGCAGGAUUUCCUGGUUCUGUUGCUUAACUGGACACAUCCAAGUUUUAGAUUCGCAGAGGUACCUAGCUCAUUUUAACAUCCAUCGAUUUAAUGUCUUAAUCAAAACCUUCUCAUCUGUACGUGCCCUAGACUACACCUUGCCGUAGUUAGUCUGAAGUAAGUCAUCAAAGAUGUCCGAAGCCACAGUGGCCGAUACUCGUCGGUUAAACUCUAAACCGCAGGACCUUACGGACGCCUACGGGCCUCCCAGCAACUUUCUGGAAAUCGACGUGUACGACCCCCAGACUAUAGGAGUCGGCCGCAAUCGCUUCACCACUUACGAAGUCCGAAUGAAGAUUGUUGUGCCUCCAUUGCCUGGAAAGGCAUUGAAGAGACAGCUUCCCUUCCGUGGCGAUGAGGGCAUUUUUGAGGAGUCCUUCAUUGAGGAGAGACGAGCUGGGCUUGAACAGUUCAUCAACAGAAUUGCAGGUCAUCCUUUGGCCCAGAACGAACGCUGU